UCUCCCUUCAGCACAGAACCAACCCACAAACCCCAAAACCAAACCAAAAUGGCAUUCAAGUUCGUCUUCGCCCUUGCCUUCGUGGCCGUUGCCAGCGCCGGAUACGCCGUUCCCCAGGUAUACCACGCCGGUCCAGCGGUGGCCACCUAUGCCCAUGCCGCUCCCGUGGCUGUGGCCCAGAAGGUGGUGGUGAAGGCUGCCGAGGAAUACGAUCCCCAUCCCCAGUACCGUUUCUCCUACGGAGUCGAUGACAAGCUGACCGGCGACAACAAGGGACAGGUGGAGGAGCGCGACGGAGAUGUCGUCCGCGGAGAGUACUCCCUGAUCGAUGCCGAUGGCUACAAGCGCACUGUGUCCUACACUGCCGAUCCCAUCAACGGAUUCAACGCCGUCGUCAACCGCGUGCCCCUGGAGCAUGUCAAGACUGUGGUGAAGACCGUCGCCGCUCCCGUGGCCCACUAUGCUGCUCCCGCUGUCGCCCACUACGCCGCCCCCGCCGUGGUCAAGACCGUUGCUCCGGCCUACCACACCUAUGCCGCCCCAGCUGUCGUCAAGACCGUUGCUCCCGUGGCUCACUAUGCCGCUCCCAGCCACUACGCCGCUCCCGCUGCCACCUACACCUCGUAUGCCACCCCCGCUGUCGCCUACCACCACUAAGUUCCAUCCCAGCCAUCCCCCAU